AUAUAGCACAUAAUCUCCCUAUCUACAUUAUCAAGCACUUUAAACUGCUUAUUCUCAGAAAAUGAAAAAAAAACUUUUUUCAUCAAAAUCUCAGUUUACUUUGCUGAUAAAAAUACUAGAAUUAUUCCACUUGAACAUCAUCAAGUCAUAAUUUUAUGAUUAUUCAAACUUUUUAUCGCAACAACGAGCAAAAAAAUUAAUUUAUGGGGUGAACACAGCUGCGGAACAACAGAAGUCAGUUGCCCCAUUUGUUCCUUUAUGUGCUGUAACAUACAAAAAAUGCUGAUAAUAUAAGGAAAAAAUGUAUUUCGUAUGAAUACGAACAGUAUGUAGAGUAAUUGAAUCAAUCAAUUAAAACAUCGACAUAAUUGAGUUGUUCUGCAAGAGAAAAAAAAAGUCAUUUAUAUUCAAGUCCAUAAAAAGACAUAAACGAAAGGUAACAGAAGCAAGCGACGUGUAAGAAAUAAGUGCAAAAAAGAGAAGAAAUAAAAAUUCAAAAUGCUUGAAAAGCAAAAGAGCUUUGAAAAUUCAACACGAAAUGGGCCGGAAAGGAACUCAUCAAGUGCAAUAGCGCCCAUUUCAUCAUCAUUGCCAGACGAAGUACUCGAGAAGCUUUUUCGUAGUUACUCACUCAAACAAAAGCGUUCAGGUCUAGUGUGCUUUUUAGCAGCUUCCAUUAUGUUUGAUUUAUGGGCAAUAAUCGUACCGCAAGGACAAAGUUUAGAAAGCUUAGGUGUAACAUGUGUGUUUUUAAUAUUAAAUAUCAGUCUGGCUGUUCUUUUAAAAUUUUGCGGAAAGUCGCGAUUUAGAGGCGCAAUAUGGGAAAUAUCGCCACUGCUUGCAUGGUUAUUUGCUAUAACACAACUAUUUCUACAACUUCUACUCAAAGAAGCCGUCACGCCCAGAGAUUCUCUUGGAUGGGCUGUUCUUUUAAAUUUUUUAGUAUAUAUCACAAUUCCUGUAGUCUUUCAAUACACUGGCAUUUUAUUGGCAAUUGGAUCCUUUGCUGUAUAUAUGGGCAUCAUUAUAGAAGCGGCUCGAAUGGAGGAAUACUUUUGGGAGCAGCAAACUGCCAACGUACUCUUGAUUCUUACAGCAGCUUUAAUUGGCCUUUUAUGUUAUUUCUUGGGCGAGGGAAAGCAGAGGCGAGCAUUUGUCGAGGCUAAACAAAGUUUAGAAGUUAAAACUUUGAUUGAAGAGCAAUCUGCUGAGCAGGAAAGAUUGUUGCUGUCAGUGCUUCCUGAGCAUGUUGCUGUUAAAAUGCGUCAAGAUCUCGGCUCUAAUGAUUCGGAACAAUUUAAGAAAAUUUACAUGAGCCGUCAUGAGAAUGUCAGCAUUCUGUAUGCAGAUAUUGUUGGCUUUACAGCAAUUUCGUCAACAUAUUGUGCACAGGAUCUCGUAAAAAUACUCAAUGAACUUUUUGCACGCUUUGAUCGAUUGGCAGAGAAAUACCAGCAAUUAAGGAUAAAAAUUCUUGGUGAUUGCUACUAUUGCAUAAGCGGUGCACCCAGUGAACGAGACGACCAUGCACAACUUUGCGUGUUUAUGGGACUCUCAAUGGUGAAGGCAAUUAAAUAUGUUCAGCAGAAGACAAAUUCACCGGUCGACAUGAGAGUUGGUAUUCACACGGGUGCAAUUUUAGCUGGCAUUCUCGGACAGCGACAAUGGCAAUAUGACGUCUACUCAAAAGAUGUUGAAUUGGCCAAUAAAAUGGAGUCGAGUGGAAAGGCUGGUCGAGUGCACAUCUCUGAAAAGACCUUGAGCUUCCUAAAAGGCGAAUUUGAAGUUGAACCUGCAUUCGGGGAGAAGAGAGAAGAAGCAUUGAGAAUUGCUGGGCUUAAAACAUACUUUAUCACGAAAGUACUCAAGCCGUUUGUUGCAAAUGAACACAUAAGAAAUGGUGUGAACAAUAUUGAGCCUAAAGAUAUUGUCAUUGAGCCUGAUGGUCCGUCAAUUGUAUCGAAAGAAGACGACGAAUCCAAGUGCACAUCUCCAGCAGAAUAUAACGAUGAAGAGGCGAAGAUUGCCACAAAUGUCAAGGAGGAAGAAGCAAUGGAAAUUUAUAAAGUUCGUCUACGAAAAGAACUCGUCUCACGUGAUGGUCAUGGUGAAAUUGACAAGGACACAACCGUCUUCUUAACAUUUAAGGAUAAAAAUUUAGAAAAGGCCUACAGCGAAUAUCGCGAACCAUACUCAUCUGUCCCAUUGAUGGCAUCACUUUUAGUGCAACUUAUCGGUAUUCUUUACUCAAUUUUUGUAUUACCAAGGACAUGGAUACAUUUUGUGAUAGUGUUGCCACCAUCACUUGUGAUUGCACUCAUCGUGUUCAUAUCAAUAGCGGAAAGUUUUCCUGACAUUGUUCCUUCAGUUGCGACAAUUGCUAGUAAAAAAUUCAACGAUUGUGUGUGGCUUCGUCGGAUUUGUGCAAUAUUCGUCAUUGUGUUGAUCGGAUUCUCAAAUGCUGCAGAUAUGCUUGCAUCGUCUACGACAACAACGGAAGCAAUGAGUGAAUUAAAUUUAAUUUCAAGUAACAACCUUUCUUCGUCACUUACGAAUACAAGUCGAUAUACGAAUAUAAAUGUGAAUAGAAAUGAUACAAAUGGCAAUCAUACAUCCAACAGCCACGCGAUAGAAUUUAAUUCUUUUAAAUCGCCAUACGAUAUCUGUAUUUUACCAUCAUACUUCAAUCAUUUUACUAUAUUAAUUCUCAUUGCAACGACUAUAGUUACACAGCUAUCGCAUAUAACAAAAAUUUUAUUGAUGGUCGCCAUAACAGCUCUUUAUUGCGCAAUUAAUGUGCUCUUGCUUGAGGACGCAUUUAAAUAUGAAAUCUAUGAUUCAUCAAAUUCAGGCGUUCCAUUACAGUUCAUCUUGUCAUCGAUGUUAAUUGCGGUAACAGUUGCUCUAUCAAUCCUAGCGAGACAUAUGGAUAAAGUGGAUCGUGUCAUAUUCAAGUGGAAAAAUGAGGUUAGUGACCAAAAAGAAAAGGCAAGUGAUAUGCGACGACGAAAUGAAGCUCUUGUUUACAAUAUUCUACCGAAACAUGUGGCUGAGCAUUUCAUGGGAAAUAGAAAACGCUCUCAUGAUGAGCUUUAUUCACAAAGUUAUUCUGAAGUUGGUGUUCUGUUUGCAUCAAUGCCAAAUUUUACUGACUUUUAUUCCGAAGAGACAGUUAACAAUCAAGGUCUUGAAUGCUUGAGAUUCCUCAACGAAGUUAUUUCCGAUUUCGAUGCUCUUCUUGAACUUCCUCCAUUCCAAAACAUUAUCAAAAUCAAAACAAUCGGCUCAACAUACAUGGCUGCUUCCGGACUAAAUCCAUCCCAAAUCUGUAAAUCUGACGAUCUAAUAACAAAAUGGGCAAAUUUAGCAUUGCUGGUUGAUUUUGCUCUGGAACUAAAGAAAGCAUUACAAGGAAUCAACGAACAAUCAUUCAAUCAUUUUGUAUUGAAAAUGGGCAUCAAUCAUGGCCCUAUUACAGCCGGAGUCAUCGGUGCUAGGAAACCUCACUAUGAUAUUUGGGGAAAUACGGUAAAUGUAGCGUCACGAAUGGAGAGCACAGGAAAAGCCGGUGCAAUUCAAGUCACUGAAGAAACGUGUCAGAUUUUACAAAACUUUGGCUACAUAUUCGAGCAGCGUGGGCUUGUUGCUGUGAAAGGAAAAGGACAAUUAAUGACCUAUUAUCUUAUCGGCAAGCUAGACAAGCCACCAGCAUCACCGACAGUGAAUCAAAUUCAUACAGAAGUCGAUGAAAAAGAAAACUUAAUAAAUCAAAAUUUAAUUGCACCAGAAUCACCAAAUCCUCUCACACUAUCGAGUGCCACUGCCAGUCCGAGUUCAGUGCGACUCAAUCAAAAUUAUCAACCAAACGGUAACAUUGAUACGGAACCGGAGAAUCUUGAAUCACUCGAGAGUAAUUGUGAGGAAAGUAUAAACGAUAAUAAAAAUUCCAAUAAUGCAAAGCACUCGGAAAAAGAUCCACUUUUGAGUGAUAACGUAAAGGCCGAAAGCACAGAGCUAAAUCAUUUCAUUAGUGAUGAGAAGAAAGCUUUGCUUGAAAAUGUCACGUAGGAAAUGCUUGAAUAAGUUAAAAGUAAAUACACUAAGUGAAAAAAAAUGAGAAUCAUAAGCAUAUACAUAAUAACUAGUGAAGCUUCUUAGAGUGAUUGUGACUUCUAUUCCAUGUCGUAGUUGGCUUCUUGCUAUACUCCAUUUCAUGAUGAAUCACCUCUUUUUUUUUGUUGCUGUUGUUAUUUCCAUUGUUUUUGUUGCCAUAAAAAAAAGUCUAUUUACACAUCCGCACCCCACCCACAAAUAUUUCAUAAAAUUUUUGAGCUUUCAAAAUGUUUCUCAACAAAAAAAAAAUCAAAAAGCUUUUUUCAUUCUCUAUCAAAUUAUAAUAUCUAUUUACAAAUAUAUAAAAACUUCUCCCUUCCAAUAUAUUGUAUAUUUUUGCAGAUGAUUAUUUAAGAAAUGUUUACUAGAAGAAUGAAACCUGACGUUCAAAAUAAAGUAUAAAGCUUUUAAUGCGAUACUACAAUCAGGAAUGACAAAGAACGAUAUCUAAUUUGGGUAGUAAAAUUAUAUAUUAUAGAAAAAAAGAGAGAAAAAUGGAAUUUAUUUAUUAUGAUGAUAUAAAAAACAAGAAGAUACUCUAUUUUGAUGAAAGCUCAACAUUUCUAUAUUAAUUUAGUCACUUUUGGAUUGCGUUUUAUUUUGAUGUCAUUGACCUUGAAUUUAAUUAUGGUUUUUCUUUAUUUUCGUUCGCGAGGGUUUGGCUCUUUUGAUGAGGAAAUAAAACAAUGAAUGAGAGUCUUCAUAUUAAUGUCAAUAUCCACCCUAUAAUUCAUGCAUUUUUAGUUUUAUAUAAUAGAACAAUAUACACCAAAGAACCAAAGAUAUGUAGAGAAUCUAAACCUUAAAAUUAAUUUCUAGGAAAGUAUCGUCUAUAUAGGUAGGAAAUUAUAACCAAAUCUGUGGUACGACUCUAGUUGGAAUUACAAAUUUUAAUCAAAUUUAAUUAGGUGCAAAACUUUAAAUCUCACGUGAAUGUGAUUAGGUUGUCCAAUUAUUACUGCAAUGGAAUUUCAAGAAUGUGCAACUGAUCAAAAUGAUCAUAAGUUGUAAGAAUUGAUCAAAAUGUAACACAUCCUUUUGCAGACCACUUCCUCAUAAUGCCAUAAAUAGAUUUAAACAUUAUUGCACCAGAUAAAGUAAAGGUUGUGUUUAACUAUUAAGUAAGAAAUGUAGUAUUAAAACCUAGAAUGGAAUUCAAGACGGUUAGAACAAUUCACUUCAAUUGUAGUACCCAUCUGUAAGUUAGUGCCUAUCCUGUUCAAACAACUUAGCAGUUUGACUCUCUUUCAUUUGGUACAGACAACUUCAAGUAUAUCAAAAAAUAGUCAAAAUUCAAUCAAAAAUGCAAAGAGUCUUAUCCUUCCCCACUUGUUAUAACUAAAUAUCAAUCAUCACAAUCCUAAUAGCCACAAAACUAGUUCAAAUUAAUUUAUUUAAAUUAGCACAGUGACAUCAAUUUAAACCGUAGUCCAUGUAAUGUAAUUUUUGAUUUAAUUUCAUUCAACUCUUUCUAAUUUUUCUAAAAAAAUAGUAAAAUGAAAAAACUUUUUAAAAGGAGAAUUAAAUGUGUUAAUAAAGAGAAACAAAUAAAAAAAAUUAAAAGACGUAGUGAAAUAGAAUUUAAAAAAAAAGUUUAAUAAAUAAAAUUAAAAAUUGAGUAGAACUGACUAGAUUAGAGAAAGUAAAGUAAUCAAUAAUAGCUAUAAACACUUAAUCAAUAAAUUAUAAUGUUAAACACUUUAUCAUCAAAAAAAAAAUUAAUAUUUACACGUAACGAACGGAAGCGCUUACAGAAAUAAAAAUGAAUAAAAUGUCUAUUUCGAUCAUGACAGCUUAUGGAAUGUUGUUUUAAGUGGCAUAUAAAAAUUAAAUGGAUGCUAUACCUUUUUUUUUAAUCAACUCUUAUUUUACAACUUUGUUUUUGAUGUCAAAUUUUUGAUAUGAUUUCCAACUUAUUUUUUAUCAAGGGGGACACAACGUGAUGGGAAAAUUUUUAUUGGAGAAAUUUUAGCAAACUUUUAAAAGUUUAAAACUUUCCAUCAAAAUUUUUUCAUCAUCAUGUUGUUAUCCCCUCUGCCCUUCAUAUUAAUCCACAGCACAAUGUACCGACAGAAAACAAAUAUGAUUUUUAAUAGAAUGGAUAACUGACAGUAAAUGAGUUGACUCGCUCGUCCGAAUUAUUAGUGAAAUGAAAAUUAAUGGAAAAGUUUAUUUUUCUUUUGACACAAAUUGAAUUUGAAAAAUUCGAUUAAGUAAUUCUUUUUGUACAUGAUGUGAAAGUUGCUUGGCUGUAACUGAAUGGAAUGUUUAUGAAUUUUAUAAAAUUGAAUUUUUUUAUCAGUCAAGACCACAGAAUAGUUUAUUUUGCUGUUAUGGGGAUAUAAAAGUUUAUUUUAUCAGAUUAGUUAUUUAAUAAGUUGAUUAUUGUGCUGUAACUCGUUGGGAAUAAUUAUGAUUUUUAGAUAAGUAUGGUUUUGGAUGAGAAAGAUUCAUUAGAAGUUGAAUCCACAGUACAUCGUCCAACAAGCUAAUGGCUGUACUUCAGCUUAACUUCAUUCUUUAUCAUUUCUAUCGAAAGAAGAAUUUUAAAUCCCCCAUCCAACUUCAUCUGACUGACAUAAUCAAGUACAGCAUGUGUUAACCUCGUUAAAUCAAAAUAAAUAUUUCACAUACAUUGUUGAAUAUUCUCU